AUGGACGAGCUCCAAAAAAAGAUUGAUGAGAAGGACGGAUCUCCGAAGCCACAAGACGUGCUAACCACCCCGUUCAUGGGGGCCGUCAUGGAAGAGCCCUUCCCCAAGGACUUCCGUUUCCCGACAAUCAAGACGUACUCGGGGACUUCCGACCCGCGAGCGCACCUCAACAGGUACCGGGCCGCCAUGUUGAUGACUGGGGCUAGUGACGCUAUCAUGUGCCGGGGUUUCUUUUCGACCCUGGAUGGCCAGGCACAAGACUGGUUCGGAUCCCUCCCAGAGGGCUCCAUCUCUACCUUCGCGGCCCUUACCAAGCGAUUCAUGUCAUAUUUCGCCAGCAACGUACAAAAGAGGAAGGAGUUUGCAGACCUAUAUCAUGUAAAACAGCUGCCCACAGAUUCUCUACCUGAGUUCCUCAACAAGUGGAAGCGUGAGGUACUGGGGGUCGCCAACUUCGACGAUAGGGCAGCCAUAAUAAUCUUCAGGAAUAACUUACGGUCCGGCCCGUUCUACCGGGACCUCAUCCGGUACCCUCCCAAGACCUACAACGAGCAGAUAGAUCGGGCAACAAGGUUCGCAGAAGAAGAAGUAGCUGAGAAGCAAAAGAAGGAAGAGGAGGAGGGGAGGAGUCGGAAAGACAAAGCACCUCAAGAGGAGCGGCGGGCACCAAGGCCACCUUGCCGCGAGUUUGCCGAGGGACCUCGGUUAACCCCUACGCGUUUCCUCACCCCCUUAACAGAGCCCGUAAGCACCUUCCUGGACCACGUAGAAGGCCAAGGGAUCGUGCAGUACCCAGGGGAGUGCAUGAAGAUAUCCCCCAAGGUGGACCCCAAUAAAUAUUACAGGUUUCACCGCCAGACAGGGCACAACACAGAUGAAUGCAUCCACCUCAAACAUCAAAUCGAGGACCUCAUCCAAAGGGGUUACCUCGGCCAGUUUGUCAAGAGGCCCAGGGGCCAGGGCCAGAACCAGAGCCAAGGCAACGUAUGGAGGAAAGGGGGUGGCUCCACGCCAUCCACCUCGGCACACUGUAAACGAGAAGAUCCGGGACCCGGGGUGGAGCCCCGUGUUCUAACUCAUUUAGCAUCUCGGCCCAGAGCCUCGGCUAGGAGGUCUCGGCCAGAGGCCUCGGCCCAAGGCCUCAGGUGA